CAAAUAAUUCUCGGACCAAUAAAAUUUUAUAAAAAUCUAAACUAUUUUCAAUUAAAUUUGAGCCCCAACUGCACAUGUCAUAAAUAAACCACAACCCAUCACAUCAAAGUCAUUGAAGAAUGAUUUCACUCUCUUAAAAAGUUUCUGGUCUAUCGUUCUGUAGUUUCUUAAGAAAAAUGACAAGGUGUUUCAGCUUAACUGAAGCCAAAAACUGGUGCUACAGAUCAUCCUUCAACAAAUCAGGGCUUCGAUCCACCAUCACGGACCUCCAAGAUGGCACCAUUAUGCACUGUUGGGUGCCCAAGACCCGCAAUGAAUCCAAACCUAACCUCCUCCUUAUCCAUGGACUUGGUGCCAACGCAAUGUGGCAAUGGGGUAAAAUCCUUCGUCAGAUGAUCCCUUACUUCAACGUCUUCGUACCUGACCUUCUCUUCUUCGGAGACUCCUACACGACUCAGCCUGAACGCUCUGAGUCGUUCCAGGCUCAGUGUGUGAUGCGAGUAAUGGAAGCCAACUCGGUAAGGAAACUCAGCCUGGUAGGCCUUAGUUAUGGUGGGUUUGUUGGGUACAGUUUAGCAGCACAGUUUAGUCAGGCUGUUGAAAAAGUGGUGAUAUGCUGUGCUGGGGUUUGCAUGGAAGAGAAAGAUUUACAGGAAGGGGUUUUCAGAGUAUCUGAUUUGGAAGAAGCUGCCAGGAUUUUAGUCCCUCAGACGCCUCAGAAACUUAGAGAACUCUUGGGUUUUUCGCUGUUCAAGCCGCCUCCUUUGAGUUUGGUACCUUCUUGUCUGCUCGCAGAUUUCAUUGACGUGAUGUAUACCAAGUAUACAGAAGAGAAGAAAGAGCUGAUCCGAGCUAUACCAAAAGAUCGAAAGAUUUCAAACAUUCCCAGAAUCUCUCAGCCCACGUUGAUUUUGUGGGGAGAAUAUGAUCAGGUAUUCCCACUGGAAAUGGGUCACAGGUUAAAAAGGCAUCUGGGGGAUAAUGCUCACAUUGUUGUUAUCAAGGACGCAGGACACGCCUUCAUCUUGGAGAAGCCCAAGGAGUAUUACAGGCAAUUGAAAUCAUUUCUAGUUCAUUUGCAGCCUCCUCCAGUGAACCCACCUCCCAAUAAUGAAAACCACAAGUUAUCUUGUAAUGCAGCAGAGGUAAAACCUUGAAAGUGAAGUGCAACAGCAAAUUUCUUAUGUAAAUCUUUUGCCAUCUUAAUUUCAUCAGAAAAAAGAGAAGUUAACAUCUCAUUCUAAACAGAAACACAGAAUAAAUGAAGCUAUUACAAAGGAGAGUCCAUUUUCUUCAGUGCAUCAGGUGCCCCUUUUUUUAUUUGUAGGGGGAACCCAUUUUCCAUAGUACAAAUUCCUGCGAAGGUGUUAUCCUUUUCCCUUUUUUUGGUUCUUGCAAAAGCAUUAUACGGUAGUUUUGCUGAUACUUAAAAUUCAUCCACCAUAAAUGAAUUUCAAUCAUGAUUCCUGCCCCGUAUCUCAUCAUUCUGUUACCAUUUACAAACAGGUUAAUGCCCCUAGAAUAUUCAAUUAUUGCCUGAGAUCAAAUCCAGCUAUAAAAUCAAAACUA